AUGACCCCAGUCUGACUCCGAAUGAGAUCCUUAGGGUAUGUCGGCUUACUUGUGUUGAGGCAGCCCCCUUCUCUAAUCUUGUUACAUCUCAGAACUUCUUUCGAUUCGAGAUUGGCCCCAACUUGGCUAUCGUUCUAGUUGUUAUUCUAAACCCUCCUCCUCCUAUUAUCGGUGUAGACUUCUUCUCCACUAGGUUGGAUGAGGAUACUAUCACUUCUCCAAGGGGAAAAAAGAAACACCGACAAGGCAGGCCGUCCCUGCCAUCGUCGAAUUCUUCAUCUGGCAAGUUGAGGUUUACGUCUAUUGAACUGGAAUUUGCAUUGGGGAAAGAAAGGAUAAAAAAAUAG